UCUGCCCCCUAAGCCCCGCCCACAACUGUCUAGCUCCGCUACUUUAUUACUUUCAGCGGAAAGGAGCGAAAGUGAAUGAAGAAAACCCUCCCAGAACCAGGAUGUUGUUUUUGGCCACUUUAGGCCAAACUGGAGCCCGACGAGUUGUGACUCAAGGGAGAUUUACAAGGAAUGGCAGGUGCUUGUUUACCGGUUUGCUAGAAUUUGACCACAGGACCAGAAACAUGGGCCAGUCCUUCUCCUGUGCACCCUCAAACCAUUACAGAUGCUUUAGUGCCACAGCUGCUCAUCUGAAUGCUUCAUCAUCACCUACAGCCAAUCAGAAAACCCCGUCCUACAGUUAUAUCAUCGUAGGGGCAGGGUCAGCGGGCUGCGUCCUUGCCAACCGUCUCAGUGAGGAUACCCAUGAGUCUGUGCUGCAGCUGGAGGCUGGGCCUAAGGACUUGGUGUUAGGCAGCUUGCGACUCUCAUGGAAGAUCCACAUGCCAGCUGCGCUGACCUACAACCUCUGUGAUGACAAGUAUAACUGGUACUACCACACUUUACCUCAGGCCCACUUAAACAACCGGGUAAUGUACUGGCCGAGGGGCCGUGUCUGGGGCGGGUCCUCGUCACUCAACGCCAUGGUGUACAUUCGUGGACACGCUGAAGACUACAACCGCUGGCAGACAGAGGGGGCAGAGGGCUGGGAUUAUAAACACUGUCUGCCUUACUUUAGGAAAGCUCAGUGUCAUGAGCUGGGAGAAAACAGGUACCGGGGAGGCAGCGGACCUCUUCAUGUGUCCAGAGGGAAGACCAACCAUCCCCUUCACAGAGCUUUCAUUGAGGCGGGGCAGCAGGCCGGAUACCCCUUUACUGAUGACAUGAAUGGACACCAACAGGAGGGCUUGGGCUGGAUGGACAUGACUAUUUAUAAAGGAAAGAGGUGGAGCACAGCGAGUGCCUACCUGAGACCUGUCCUGGGUCGACCCAACCUGAAGACAGAGGUGCACUGCUUGACCACCAAGAUCCUGUUUGACGGCAACCGCGCCGUGGGUGUGGAAUACACACAGAAAGGACAAAAGAAAAGGGCAUUUGCUGAUAAAGAAGUGAUAUUAAGUGGAGGAGCCAUUAACUCCCCUCAGCUUCUCAUGCUGUCUGGGGUGGGAAACGCCGAUGACCUGAAACAACUUGGCAUCCCUGUAGUUCAGCACCUACCAGGUGUUGGGAGUAACCUGCAGGAUCAUUUGGAGCUGUACAUCCAGCAGCAGUGCACUCAGCCUAUCACCCUGUACAAGGCCCAGAAACCUUUCAACAUGGUCAAGAUUGGUCUCGAGUGGCUCACUCGGUUUACUGGUUACGGAGCAACAGCCCACAUGGAGAGUGGAGGAUUCAUCCGCAGUCGGCCACACGUCGCUCACCCCGACAUCCAGUUUCACUUCCUGCCCUCACAGGUCAUCGACCACGGACGAGUUGCCUCCAAGGUCGAGGCAUAUCAGGUUCAUGUCGGUCCAAUGAGAAGCACCAGUAUCGGCUGGAUGAAGCUGAAAAGCGCCAACCCUUUGGAUCACCCGAUUCUCCAGCCAAACUAUCUCUCCACCGAUAUUGAUGUGUGGGAGUUCAGGGAGUGUGUCAAACUCUCCAGAGAGAUUUUUACCCAGAAGGCCUUUGACCCGUUCCGUGGUCCCGAAGUCCUACCCGGUGCUCAGGUCCAAUCCGACGCCGACAUUGACGCCUUUGUUCGGCAAAAAGCUGACAGCGCCUACCACCCGUCCUGCACCUGCAAGAUGGGCUCGCCAUCCGACCCGAUGGCGGUUGUCGACUCGAACACGCGUGUUCUGGGCCUGGAGCAGCUGCGUGUGGUCGACGCCUCCAUCAUGCCCAGCAUCGUCAGCGGCAACCUGAACGCUCCAACCAUCAUGAUUGCAGAGAAGGCUGCUGACAUCAUCAGAGGUCGCCCUCGUCUGGUUGACCCAGGGGUUCCCGUGUACCAACCGCCGACACUCGACACACAGAGAUGAACAGAGAGAGCGAGUAAAGGUUAAACACUUUACAACACAAUCCAUUAUAGAGCAACAACAGCAGUGGACAGCGUUUGUGUAAUGAUUCUUUUGCACUUGAUCUGAUAGUGUUGAUUUCAGCCUUUUACAUGUCAAAUUCCGUUUUUUAGUAGCUUACUUGUUGUCUUCUGAUUAGGAAACAGGGGCUCUAUCACUUGUUAUUUUCCAUAAUUAACUUUAAAGCUAAUGUGAUGAGCACUGACACUAAAUUUAGCCAUCUUUUAUGAUCAGCUGGCGCUCCAUGACGACACCAUAAUGCUGGGGAAAGAUGCCGAGCAUUUGCAAAGGCACUGUGAAUGCAAUGGAAAAUUGCUCCUCGUGGCAUUUGACUUCAUUUGCCUGGCAUCAAUUUGGUUGACUGUGAACAAUGCAUCAACUUUGACAUGUUUGUGUGCAUAUAAAGUUCAAAUGUCUUACUAGGUACACACCUUCACAAGACUGCAGUGAAUUCGUCAGCCUUAUAAUCAAACCUCUCUGAUGUAAACAAUACCUUAACUCUCCCUUUCCAUGGAAACUAACUAACUUAGAUAACAUAACAUCCACACUUCUUCUCCUGAGGUAAUAAACCAAGCGUUCAACACUUAAGUAGCUAUAUAGUUCAAAAAGUAUAUCCACUAAUGAUUCCAUUUAUUUCAAUCACAGAGUUACAAAGUGUUGACUAGAAAAAAUCAUUUUCAUUCCAUCGUGUUAUCACAUCAGCCUUUUAUAGAUUAUAUCUCUUCAUCAAAUUUAGUUCACACAGCUGCAAAAAUGAGUGGCCAGCUCUUUUCUUAGUCUUAUAAUUAUUUAUUUUUUUACCGUGAAUCUAACUUUAACCAACUGCAACUGAACAAUUUCCCUGAGAGGAUCAAUAAAGUAUUCUACAGUCUUGUUAGGUGAUCCUUAAUCUUGUGGUCUGACUGUUGAUCAGAAACCAGGGUUUUGUCUAGACUGUUAACCAAAACUGCCUCACCAGCACUUUUCAGUUUUGUCUCUUCUGUCAGAUAAGUUGUUACGUUCCUCUUCCUUCCUGGAAACUUGCAGAUUCAGCAGUUUGAGAAAAUACUCUUUUCUUUGGUUUGUUGCACACUAUUUGAAUCAGCUAAGGUAGUCAAGCCUCUUGUCUUGUUUCCCAGUAGACACUAACAUAGUUUGUUAGGCUGACAACUUUUAGUAAAUUCCAAGGCAUCUCCCCCCCGUUGAUAUUUAUCAAGUUGUUGAUUUAACAGAUGUGCAACAAGAAACACGGCCAAAGGUCACAGCAGGUUUAAUAGCACCCCACUUGCAUUAGUCCAGCUCACAGCUUUCAUUUGGCUUUUGGUUCAGGACCGUCUGGUAGCUGUUUUAUCCAUGUAGCUAUACAUGGGAAUUACGUUUAAUGGGAAUAAUGUUUAAAUACUCUAAAUGUGUCAUGGAUGUUUACAAAGAAGCUUUUGAAGAUGAACUGAUCAGAUAAUACUAUCUGAUAAAACUGUGAUCCUGUGAAAUCAUUAUAUUCUGAUGUCCUUGUGAUUUACUGUCUAUUACCGCUGGACUGUGUACUUUUGGUUCAGCCAGGGCCGAAACAUAGUACAUUUUAUUGAAUACAUGAAGUAUUUAUUUUAAUUAAAUUGACGUGUUUAUUACCAGCUCUAAUGCAGCCGCGGGCUAGAAGUUAUCCUAAUUGUCUUAAUAAGCUUUGCAUUACUCUAUGAAGUAGUUUCAUCACAGUGACAUUGUUUACAUUAUAUUCAGUGUUGUACAAUAUUACUUGGAUGUUUAAAUCAUUUGUGACAUGUCAUGAUCAUAUGAUCAUAAAGUGAAAAUUAUUCUGAAAAUUCUUGAAAGUUUUUUUUCUUGUAUUGAUUGUAAACAAACGCUAGAAACCGUUCUGACCUUGUCCUUGUGACUUUAUUCAGUGAUCCUUACAAAAAUCCUCACCAGGUUCAUUGUCAAGAAUUAAAAUGUACAAAAUGGGGAGGGGAGGGGGGGUUCCAUUGGUAUAAAAUCUAUAAGGUACUAGUACUUAUGCUACGAAGAGCUAUAUUUUUUAAUUUCCAUACAACAAAUGGGUAGAAAGCAGAAAUCUUAAUCACUUACUUCUUAUAAACACUGUACAUGUUUCAUAAACUGUUUUCAUAAUCUGUAAAGCAGUGGAACAA